AUGGAGGGAUCUGAGAGCGAAGAGGAGGAGAAGCAUGCGACGAAGAAGGGCGUGAAGCGGAAGAGAGCCCCUCCCACGAAGGGGCCAUGCGAGCACGGGGUGAAGUACCGGUCGAAUUGCAAGGUGUGCAGCGCUUGUCCGCACGGGAAGAGGCGCUGUCAUUGCAAGGAAUGCGGUGGUGCAUCAAUCUGCGAGCACGGUCGUAUACGCUCUACAUGCAAGGAGUGCGGCGGAGCAACAAUAUGCGAGCACGGUCGUCGGCGCUCUCAGUGCAAGGAGUGCGGCGGGUCUCAAAUCUGCGAGCACGGUCGUCAUCGCCCUCAGUGCAAGGAGUGCGGUGGGUCUCAAAUCUGCGAGCACGGUCGCCGGCGCACUGAGUGCAAGGAGUGCGGUGGGGGCUCAAUCUGCGAGCACGAUCGUGUGCGCUCUCAGUGCAAGGAGUGCGGCGGGUCUCAAAUCUGCGAGCACGGCCGUCAGCGCUCUAAGUGCAAGGAGUGCGGUGGGUCUCAAAUCUGCGAGCACGGUCGCCGGCGCACUGAGUGCAAGGAGUGCGGUGGGGGCUCAAUCUGCGAGCACGAUCGUGUGCGCUCUCAGUGCAAGGAGUGCGGUGGGGGCUCAAUCUGCGAGCACGAUCGUGUGCGCUCUAAGUGCAAGGAGUGUCGCGCGGCAAAGGCUCGAACUGGGUGA